UUAAAGACAUCUGCAGAGUCAUUUGAGAGGAGGAGCAAAGAGAGCAUGUGAUUUCAAGUCCAAAUAAAAACUUCUGGACAUCUUCUUGACUUUAUUUCAUUCUGAAGGCAAAGAAGCUACAGAACUGGAGUGACAUUUUAUGAGGCAUCAUGUUAUUUUUCUUGUGUCUGGUUCUCUUGCAGGAUUUUAAAAAUGGACCUCAAGUCGAAGCUAAUGUAAGGUUGGUGAAUGGUUUCAACUCUUGUUCUGGACGAGUGGAGGUUCUUUAUGGUGGUGUAUGGGGAACAGUGUGUGAUGAUUACUGGGAUCUAUCAGAUGCUGCAGUGGUGUGUAGAGAUCUGGGAUGUGGAGAUGCUAUAGAGGCAAAUAGUGUUGCAUAUUUCGGAGAAGGUUCAGGACAAAUAUGGAUGGAUGAUGUAAGUUGUGUUGGCACAGAGACUUUACUGGAAAACUGUGGAUUUGCGGGGUGGGGAGUAAACGAUUGUGGGCAUGGUGAAGAUGCUGGAGUCAUUUGUCAAGUAGACUUAGUUAGGUUGGUGAAUGGCAGUAACUCUUGUUCUGGACGAGUAGAGGUUCUUCAUGAUGGUCAGUGGGGAACAGUUUGUGAUAACGGCUGGGAUCUAUCAGACGCUGCAGUGGUGUGUAGAGAGUUGGGCUGUGCAGAUGCACGAGAGGCAAAGAUUGGUGCUUAUUUUGGAGCAGGUUCUGGACAAAUUUGGAUGGAUGCUUCACAAUGUACUGGGAGUGAGGCUUCAUUGGUGAGCUGUUCAUCAACAAAAUGGGGAAUACAGAGCUGUACACACUCAAAAGAUGCUGGAGUCAUCUGUAACCCUCCUGUUAGGUUGGUGAAUGGAAUUAACUCAUGUUCUGGACGAGUGGAGGUUUAUCAUGAUGGAGUAUGGGGAACAGUGUGUAUAAAUUCCUGGGACUCUACUGAUGCUGCAGUGGUGUGUAAAGAGAUCGGAUGUCCUACCGGUGCAGAAGCAAAACUAUAUACUUACUUUGGACCUGGUGUGGGAACAAUAUGGAUGGAUGAAGUUCAAUGUACAGGGACUGAAUUAUCACUAACAGACUGCACAUUUCUUGGAUGGGGAUCAACCAACUGUGAUCAUUCAUAUGAUGCUGGAGUCAUCUGUCGAGAUGUUAGACUGGUAAAUGGAGAUAAUUUCUGUUCUGGAAGAGUGGAGGUUUUACAUAAUAACCAAUGGGGAACCGUCUGUGAUGCUGGCUGGGAUUUAGCAGAUGCUGCAGUGGUGUGUGCAAGCAUGGGUUGUGGGCUUCCAAAGAACGAGGAUUUCUAUGGGCAGGGUUCAGGACCCGUGUGGCUGGAUGAUUUGCGAUGCUCUGGGAAUGAGUCAACAGUGACAAAAUGUCAAUCAAAGGAAAUUGGAACAAGCUCCUGUAGCCAUGGACAAGAUGCUGGAGUCAACUGUCGAUAUAUAAAGCUGGUAGAUGGUACGAGUUCAUGUGACGGCAGAGUUGAGGUUUUUUAUAAUGACAUUUUUGGUGCAGUGUGUCACACUGGCUGGGGUCUGGAAGAAGCUACAGUUCUAUGUAGACAGCUGGGUUGUGGUGAUGUUGUAGAGCCAACCUCAUAUAUGGGCCCAUUUGUUGGGCCAAAAUGGCUGGAUAAUCUUGGGUGUAUAGGAAAUGAGUCCACAGUGCAGAGCUGUCCAUUUACGGGAUGGGGUGUCAGCAGUUGUGGGGAUGGACUUUACGCAGGAGUUGUUUGCAAAAGUUUCAGACUGGCAAAUGGAUCUAAUCAGUGUUCUGGAAGAGUGGAGGUUUUAUAUAACUAUCAAUGGGGAACCAUCUGUGAUGCUGGCUGGGAUUUAACAGAUGCUGCAGUGGUGUGUAAUAGCAUGGGUUGUUGGACUCCUGUAGCAGCAAAGACCGGAGCAUUCUUUGGGCAGGGCUCAGGACCCGUGUGGCUGGAUGGUGUGAGUUGUUCUGGGAAUGAGCCAACAGUGAAAAAUUGUUCUUCAAAGCCAUUGGGAACAAGCACCUGCAGCCAUGGACGAGAUGCUGGAGUCAUCUGUAACCUUCCUGUUAGGUUGGUGAAUGGUGAGAACUCGUGUUCAGGACGAGUGGAGGUUCUUCAUAAUGGUGAAUGGGGAACAGUGUGUAUAGAUUCCUGGGACUCUACUGAUGCUGCAGUGGUGUGUAAAGAGGCUGGAUGUCCGACUGGUGCUGAAGCAAAGAUAUAUUCGUACUUUGGACCUGGUGUGGGAACAAUAUGGAUGAAUGAUGUUCAAUGUACAGGGACUGAAUUAUCACUUAAGGAAUGCACAUUUCUUGGAUGGGGAUCAAACAACUGUGAUCAUUCACGUGAUGCUGGAGUCAUCUGUCGAGAUGUUAGACUGGUAGCUGGAGAUAAUCUUUGUUCUGGACGAGUGGAGGUUUUAUAUAAUGAUCAAUGGGGAACCGUCUGUGAUUCUGGCUGGGAUUUAGCAGAAGCUGCAGUGGUGUGUAAUAGCAUGGGUUGUGGGACUCCUAUUGCAGCAACAACGAAGGCUUCCUUUGGGCAGGGUUCAGGACCCGUGUGGCUGGAUGAUGUAAGUUGUUCUGGGAAUGAGGCAUCAGUAAAAAAUUGUCUAUCAGAUGAAAUAGGAACAAGCAGCUGUAGCCAUGGACAAGAUGCUGGAGUCGUCUGUCGAGAUAUUAAGCUGGUGGGUGGUACAAGUCCAUGUAAUGGCAGACUUCAGGUUCUUUAUAAUAAUCACUGGGGUGCUGUGUGUCACACUGGCUGGGGUCUGGAAGAAGCUGCAGUUGUGUGUGAAGAGCUGGGCUGUGGUGGUGUUGUACAGCUAAAGUCAUAUGUGGGUCCAUUUGUUGGGCCAAUAUGGAUGGAUAAUCUUGCAUGUAAAGGAAAAGAGUUGACAGUACGGAACUGUCCAUUUACUGGAUGGGGGGUGAGCAGCUGUGUGGAUGGACUUUACGCAGGAGUUAUUUGCAACAAUGUUAGACUGAUAAAUGGAGCUAAUGUGUGUUCUGGAAGAGUGGAGGUUUUAAAUAAUAACCAAUGGGGAACUGCCUGUGAUGUUGGCUGGGAUUUGCUAGAUGCUACAGUGGUGUGUAAAAACACAGGAUGUGGGACUCCAAUAGAAGCAACAACCAGAGCUUUUUUUGGGCAGGGUUCAGGACCCGUGUGGCUGGAUAAUGUGAGAUGUUCUGGGAAUGAGACAACAGUGAAAAAUUGUCCAUCAAAGGCAUUAGGAACAAGCAGUUGUAACCAUAAACAAGAUGCUGGAGUUGUCUGUCGAGAUAUAAAGCUGGUGAAUGGUACGAGUCCAUGUGAUGGCACUCUUCAGAUUCUUUAUAAAGAUGACUGGGGCGCAGUGUGUCACACAUCCUGGGGUCCAGAAGAGGCUGCAGUUUUGUGUAGUGAGCUUGGCUGUGGUGAAGUUCCAGUGCCGCAGGCAUAUGUUGGUCCAACUGUUGGGCCAAUAUGGAUGGAUAAUGUUGCAUGUACUGGAAAGGAGUUAACACUGCGGGACUGCUCAUUUACUGGAUGGGGUGUUAGCAGCUGUGUGGAUGGACUUUAUGCAGGAGUUAUUUGCAUCAGAUUUGUGAGAAAAAAUGUGGUGAAGAUUUUCAUUACAGCUAACACUGACAUAAAUGUCAAUGACCUUAAUAACAUGAAGACUUAUUUGGACCAGAUAAACAAAGUGAUUAAAAGUAAAGGAGAUUAUUUUGCCAAAUGGAGAAAACAGCGUAACGGGAAUGUAUUUCAACAAAAAAUAGCAUGACAGGUCCUUUUGAAAGACACUUAUAAUUAAAAUAAUACUGCCAAUCCUCUCAUGUUCUACACCAUGUAUCUCUUUUUAAAUAGUAAAUAUUGUUUAAUGAAAUUAAAUGCACACUGUACUGAUGAAGAAUUAGGAGGGGAGAGAGCUUUUAAUCCCACCAGAUUAUAACAUGAUAUUUCUUAAAAAGAACCUGAAUUAUAGUUAUGUUGUAAGCUUAUUGUAUUUGACAUUUAUAACUAUUGUAGUAGCCCAGGGGUGUCCAGAAUUUUUGUGUGGUGAUCUACUUUUAAAAGUAUAAAGCCGACAAGAUCUACCAGCUAAAAAAUACAGUUACAUUUUUUAAUGACAAUUUAAAAGCGUAUUAGCUUAUCUGCACAUCUCUACAUUGAAUUUAAGGCUGUCCCCAUUAGGCUACUCCAAUCUUUUUGAGGAGUUAAAAAAGUCCUUGAGUACAUGUCAAGUACUGGUUAAAAUAGCGGAGAUGCAGUUUAGUGAAACAAACUAGAAAAAGACAACAGUAUCAGAAGCGUAUCUCUCUCUCUCUCGUUCAUUUGCGCUCUCUCGCGGGCGCACACACACACCGUGCGCAUGGAUCCCCUCCUGAUGAAGGCAAGAAUGCGCAUCCUGGUAAAUUUCGGAAAUAAGACAACUGAGCUGCAGCGGGCAGGCAUAAGAUUUAUAAAAAGACAUUUGAGAAGAAAGGCACAGCAACUCAAAAAGUCUUGUGUGUUUCACAAUUAGGGGCUAAUCACACCAAAAGCGCUUUAAACGCUUGGAAACGCAAGGCGCGACGCACUGCCUUUUUAAAAAAAAGAGCAGUACGAAGCGGCUUUUUAUAUUGCUAUAGGCAACCACCGAGUCAGCUGUCUUGUCAAUCAAAUAUUGAAGCGUGAGCGCUCUUUUGCUGUUAACUGUCAUUUUAGCAGAAACUUUAAAAAGACCUGACCUCUGACCUUGUUUGAGGGUGAGAGGUGCACAAACUCAGGAGAGAGUGAGCGAGUGGAGUCCGGUUCUUCAAAGCAACUGUAAACUUCCCUUACCACAACGUAAGGCCCGCCUCUCCCCUCAUUCGAUUGGACAAUGGAAAGAUGCGAAUGACGUCGGGCGCUUCUCUGUUCUCAGUGUUCCUUCACAGGCGCUCAGCGCGCAUAAACAGCGCGCAAACGCUCCCUGCCCAUAGACUAUCAUUCAAAAAAGGCGCCUGCAACUGCCAUAAACGCUUUUGGUGUGAUUGGCCCCUCUCAUAAUGCCUAUUUUGGGCUCUGUUUUCCGAUGCUCAUGGAGCAUCAUAUACAGUUAAAGAGUAACUAAACCCUUAUCCAACUUUUUUUAGUUACUGAUCUGUAAGAAUGAUGGUUUAUUAGUGCUGUUCAUUGAUUUUAGUAAGUUUUUUGACAUUUGGAUAUAAAGUGUUUCAAUACUACAAUAUAUGGUGUAAAACCGUAUGAGUGCUGCCCUCUUUCUCUGUUGGGAUCUGCCUACUUUUCUUGCAUUUUUCAAAUAUUGCCAGUGGGUGGAGUCAGGCUCUGACAAGGGGUUUAGUUACGCUUUAACUUAUGUGCAAUCUACCGUCAUUGCCUUUGCGAUCGACCCCUGUAUUGGACACCCCUGUAGUAGCCUAUGUUAAAGAUUUUUCUACGUUUUUAUUUCAAUCCAGACAAUAAAUGUACAUUUGCGAUGUACCCAAAUAUUGCAAGAAUCGUCUGCACAUUUAUCUGCACAAAGAAUCAGAAAUUAAACGUUAAAUUAAGCACAUUCAACAGUACAUGAAUUGUAUGUAAUAUAAUGUCACUGGGUGGUAGUAUAAGUUUACUGUAUGCCCUUCAGUAAAAUUGUGUUGAAUUAAAGAAGUUUCAGUUUAGUCAUUCAUGUGUCUGUGUGUUAUUAUCACUAGGUGGCAGCAGGAGUUGACUUUAAAAAUCCAACACUUUUGUC